AUGUCAUCUCCAAAUGAUCAACUCCACUUAUUUGCUUUUAACAAAAAAGAUGCUAAUAAAACGAGUAAAACUGCAAAGUUGAAUUAUAAAUCCCCAGGAGAGAGAUACGGCAAUCAAUUCGAUAUAGCAUUGAUUGUGAUUACUUGUCUGGCUUUUGCCACAAGAUUUUGGAAAUUAUCACAUCCAAAUGAAGUAGUGUUCGAUGAAGUUCAUUUUGGAAAGUUUGCAUCUUAUUAUCUUCGACAACAAUAUUUUUUUGAUGUACAUCCACCGUUUGGUAAAUUAUUAUUUGCUUUUAUUGGUUGGCUUGUUGGUUUUGAUGGAUCGUUUAUGUUCGAUGACAUUGGUAUUUCAUAUAAUAAAUACAAAGUUCCCUAUGUAGCAUAUCGUUCACUUCCAGCGUUUCUAUCCAGUUGCACAUUGCCGAUUAUUUUUCUCACUAUGAAAGAAGCAGGAUAUAGUCUUCCAGCGUCAAUUUUGUCUACGUCAAUCGUUUUAUUUGACAAUGCACAUAUAAGUUUUUCACGUUUGAUACUACUUGAUGCAAUGCUCAUUUUUGCAACAGUGUGCACAAUUUAUUCAUAUAUUAUGUUCUAUAAACAGAGGCACUCGCCUUUUUCAUAUUCGUGGUGGAAAUGGUUGAUUCUCAUUGGCGUCGGUUUAUCAAGCACGAUUUCUAUAAAGUAUAUUGGUGUAUUCACAUUUAUGACUAUUGGCGUUGCUGUGAUUAUUAAUUUAUGGAGUUUGUUGGGCAUCGAACGUGGACUGAGUAUAUUCAUUUUUAUUCAACAUAUUAUUUAUCGUCUCUUCUGUUUAAUUAUAAUACCAUUUUUUAUUUAUCUAUUUUGGUUUUACGUUCAUUUCGAGAUCUUAAAAAACCCUGGUCCUGGUGAUGCUUUUAUGACAACAGAAUUUCGAGAUACUCUUCAGAAUAGUCCUCUUGCGAGACAGGGUCUUGCAGUACACUACUAUGAUAAAAUUACUCUCAAACACAUCGACACAAAUGCGUUUCUACAUUCUCAUCCAGAGCGGUAUCCUGUGAAGUAUGAAAACGGACGAGUUUCGUCGAAUGGUCAGCAAGUUACUGCAGUGUCAUUUGAAGAUCAAAAUAAUAUCUGGAUUGUGUUGCCUGAGAAAGAUGAAAAUAAACAAAGAUUAGGAUAUCCAGUUAAAUAUAAUGAUACAGUGCGAUUUCUUCACGUAUCUACUCAGACCAUUUUACUAUCACACGAUGUCGCCUCGCCAUUAUAUAUAACAAAUCCAGAGUUUACUACUGUACCGUUAGAUCAGGCGAUAGAGCGACAUCCAUACACUCUGUUUCAGUUGAGACCAACGCACAACAAAGCAGAAGAUAUCGUAUAUACGAAAUUGGGAAUAUUACAUGUUAUACACACAUUUGCCAAUGUUGCAAUGUGGACGCAUAAUGAUGUGUGUCUUCCUGAAUGGGGUUUUGGUCAGCAAGAGAUUAAUGGUAAUACUGACAUAGCUGACAGAAGUAAUAACUGGAUGUUUAACACAAUUAUGGAUAUGAAUGACUCUUCACGUCUUAAUAUAACAGUAAAUGUGACAAAACGAAUGAACUUUUUCAAAAAGUGGAUACAUUUGCAAAUGAGGAUGUUUUCUCAUAAUAAUGCUUUAACUGAAAAGCAUCCUUAUGGAUCACAUCCAAUCACAUGGCCAUUAGGGAUUGAUGGUAUUGCAUGCUGGAGCAAAAAGUCUGACAAAAAGCAAAUUUAUUUUCAUGGAAAUGUUUUAGGAUGGUGGCUUGAAUGUUUUUUUUUGAUAGUUUUUGUAUCACUUUUAAUUGCAGACCGAAUUUUAUUAAAGCGCAAAUCUUCUUUGUUCAGUGAUAGUGUUCGAUAUCGACUAUAUACAUCGUCAGGCUUUUUCGGGUUUGCAUGGACUAUACAUUAUUUACCGUUCUUUAUCAUGAAAAGACAAUUAUUUUUACAUCAUUAUCUUCCAGCUCAUUUAUGUCUGGCACUAUUUACCGGAACAAUUUUUGAUUUUCUAUUGGGACUCACGUAUUGCGAAUGUGCAUUGAAACAAGCUACAUAUAAUGUUAAGAAACCGUGCAGUAACAGAUAUAACAAUGAUAGAACGAAUAGUGUCUACAAUCAUAGAAUAAAACAAGCAUGGUUAAUUUCAAUGUCAAUCGUCAUUACAUUCGCAGGAACUUAUAUAUAUUUUUCUCCAUUAACGUAUGGCGAACCUGGAUUAUCUGAUUCUGAUAUUUUGAAAAGAAGAAUAUUAGGUUUCAAGCUUCAGUUUAGUGGAUAG